AUGCAGACACCACCCACGACGCCGACAGCACCGACCUCGCGCGCUGCAGCGCCAACUGCGCAGCCUGUGCAACCUCCAGCGCUGCCUCUCUCAGCCUCGCCACCGGCCACCUCGGCGCCAAGCCCUCCAGCCACGGCUCCGAGUCCGCCAGCCACGACAUCGCCCUCCCAGGCGCUGACUCCACCGGCCACAACGUCCCCCUCCACGGCGCUGACUCUGUCGGCCACGGCACCCCUUGCUGCUCGGCGUCGCGAAGCAGACGAAGAGCCUGAUUCUGCCGACGAUUCUGUCUGUGGUGUCGAUCCCACUGCUACCAGUGAGAGUGAGGUGAACGAGGACAGCAGCGACGACGAGGAACCGCUCACAGCAGAGAGCGCGAGCAGUGAAGCCGAAGAUGAAGAGGACAUUAGUAUCUUUUUGAAUGACGCGAGUCCUCGAGCCCGUGUGACUGAGGUGAUUCAUGCGGACGCGUGUGAGAACGAGUGCGUCAAGGGCAAGGCUCGUGAGUUGGAGUUCUUGCUGUGCUCGCUGGACCAGAUGACGAAGCAAGAGCGCACCACGAGCUUGUACACGCUCCUGGCUGUGUUGAUGCAGCCCCCCACGGUUGAGCGUAAGAGAGGACGGGGUGACCGUGAGAAGUUUCCGUACAUCCUCCCCUAG